AUGUUAACACCACUUACACAUUGCAAAAUUAAUCGUACAUCUGAACAAUCAAAAAUUAAAUCUAUACUUAAAGAGAAUUCACUCAGAACUUGUCUUCCCGGUGGUAUCCUAAUUGGUUCUCGUGCUGCUCGUGAACUUUUGCCCAACUUUCGAGGAGUACCAACAAACAAUAAUGCAGACUGGGAUAUUAUUGGUUCUUCGAGUUUUCUUUUAAAUUGGUUAAAAAAUAGACAUAACGCUAUCAAUACGAUCGAUAUGAUCACGCCUGUAUCGAAUGAUGAUGAUGAUAAUGAUGAUCAAUUAGACUUAUAUAUAUAUUGUACAUUGAUUGAUGGAUCUAAGUAUGAUUUUUUAAUUCCACGAUCAUCAACAUCCUAUACAGCAUAUAUAUUAGAUAAUUCAGUAAAUUGGAUAGUACACAAACAGUAUUGGGAACUACGAGAAGAAAAAAUAGAUUUAAUUUAUUGUGCUUCAGCUAAACUUCUACUAAUAUUAAAAAAAUAUAUGCUCUACUAUUCACAUCAAUGGGAGAAGACAGCAAAAGAUUAUCGUGAACUUUUGGCAGUUACUUCACCUCUAACUGCUGAUGACAUGAUAUUGUGCGAUUUAUUUAUUCGAUAUAACGAAAAAAUCUAUGGCAAACGUCCACCUAAUACAAAUGAAUUUGUCAUUAAUUCGACGAAAGAUCAAAAAUGUAUUACUAUCAAUCGAGACGAGUUUUUUCAACAUGAAAAAGACAAACAAAUAUCAUUUAUAUAUAAAAUAGCUAUGUCAUUAUCUUUUAAUGAUGACAUUCUCAUUGGAUUGGAACAUAUUUGUACUCAAGGUCCAUCAUGGUUAGUAGAUUAUGUAAUAGAAAAUUGGAUUGUUAUUCAACAAGAAAAAUUUAAACAAACAUUUCAAUUAUCAUAUCCAUGUAUUAAAUUUCAAAUUGAAAAUUAUCGUUUAUUUCCAAACAUACCUGAAAUUCCUACAAAACGAAUUCUUCAUUUUAUCAAUGAUUCGAUUGAUUUAUAUUCGAUGCAACUCGUCUGUAAACAAUGGUAUACAAUUUUACGUGAUGAAAUAUUUUGGCAAGAUUUAUAUAUUUCUCGUUAUGGAACAUAUACUAAUCAAAUUAAUAAUAUUCAAAGUUGGAAAAUGUUAUAUCUUUUGAAACUCGAAGGAAAAUUUGCGAAUGAUAAUAAUAAAUUAGAUAAAUUGAUCGAUGCUACAAUAAAAUUAAGACAAUAUACAACGAAUGAUAUCUUACAAUUAUGGGAAGAUUUAACGCAUCAAAAUCAAUCGAUUGAACAAGUUUCUAUAUCUAAAAUUAAUUACAUUCUAUCAAAUUCAUUUUAUUAUCAAAUAGAUAAAACAUCAGAUCAUUAUUCUGUUCGAUUGAUUAUAAUUGGAUUAGAACAUGAACGUUCUCGAUCGAAAAUACAUUUAAACUUACGUGUAGGAGAAUAUGGUGGUUCUCGUUUUACUGAUCAUAUGGAACAAUUGUCUAUUCACUAUGAAUCAAAUACUAAUGAACAGCGUUCAUUGAUAUUUCUAGGUCCAGAAUUAUUUGGAUUUCAUAUAGGACAAUGGGGUUAUGUAUUUACAGAAUCGACAUAUUUGGGACGAACUUCAAGUACUCUAUCUGAUCAAUAUCCAUCAGGACUUCUCAUUUGUUUAUUCAUUAUGAUGGUCCAUCCUGAUCAUCGAGCACAAUUUAUCAAGUAUUUAAAAAAACUUGAGAAUCAUUGCUUGAGAUCAAUUUCAUUUAGAGGAUAUUAA